AUGAAUUCGAUGACUACUUUGAUCAAGGCUUUGCCAUCGGCUGGCAGAACAUGCCAAACCAGGGUUUCUUCCCUGCGUGUGGCGCGGCCCUUUUCGACCACCUUCAGCAGCCCCAGCGCGAAUACGAAAGACCGGACUCGCGAGAUUGAGAGACAGAUUUUGAGCCCCAAGUCGGAACAAAGUGAAAAGGACAGUUCACCACUAUCUGCAAUCACCAGAAUGAUGCAGGGAGAAAAGGCCCGCGCUAGUCAAGCAGUCAGCCGCGAUUAUUCCCGUAUGGCCGAGAGCCUUGAAGCCGAGAUGAUCAAGGACCCCUAUGCCGACCGCUCUCCUCCUCAUCAUCUUCACGUCUAUGCUCACAAACACAACACACUCCUGACGUUGACGCAACCAAACGGUAACCCGAUGUUAUCGAUGAGCUGUGGGCAUCUGGGCUUUCGCAAGGGCGGCCGUUCCGGAUAUGACCCGGCAUACCAAUUGGCAUCCCACGUCUUUGGUCAGAUCCAAGAAAGGGGCUACCUUAUGAACAUCAAGCGGCUGGAGGUUGUCUUUCAAGGCUUCGGAUUGGGCCGGGAAGCCUUCACGAAGGUUUUACUGGGCAACGAGGGAAGAAACAUUCGGGGGUUAGUCUGUCGAGUAACAGAUUCGACUCGCAUCAAGUUCGGUGGCACGAGAAGCAGAAAGGUCCGCAGACUGGGUUAA